AUGGGAACAACACUAGUUAACAAUAGUGAGGCAUUACCUUACGAGGAAUUACUUUCCGCUCUAAUACAAGAAUUAGAAAAAGAUCCAAGGAGCUUUUUAUGGAAAAUACUAUUUAAAAAUUCAGUAAAGAUUUUGUUUAAUUCAUCUUAUUAA